GAAAAGAAUUGUUAAUAAAUUUCAGCCGACAUCGUUGGAUUGAUAUAAACAUAUCGUUGCUUCUAAUCUUGGGAUAUUCUUCAAGUACUCGAUAUUACAAAGUAUAAAAAAUAUGGAACAUCUACGUAAAAAAGUCUUGAAUGCAAUUCAUUUACUGCAGAAUUCGUCCAGUAUAAAACAAAUAACAAAGUUUAUACAAAAAUCUACGUCUGAUUCAAAUUUAUUCUCUGCAGUGGAACAAAUUUGCCUAGAAGGUAAGCGAAGUGGAUUGUUAGACGAAUGUUGGGGUUAUUAUUAUUAUAGAUGUAGUGAGUUUGCAAAAUCCGAUGAAACAAGUUUAUUUAAUAAGCAUAAUAAAGAAACUCCGGAAGAAUGGUCUGACGAAACAUCGGAUGAAUGUACAUCUGAAGAAUCAUCUGAAACAGAUUCAUCUGAAGAAAUAGAUGACUCAAAGAUAUAUGAUGAGAAAGAAAAAAUGAGUUUAUUUAAUUUUUAUGUGUCUAGCAUAAAUAAUUUUUUUGAUAUAAAUUUAUUGGAAUGGUUCGGAAUAAAAAAUCUAACUUCAUCUGUUAUAAAUAAAAAAGAUACAACUAUUGUGGUUAACCGUGAUGGUUCCGGUACGAAUGAUGUCAAAAGCUGUUCCGGUGCGAAUAAUGUCAAAAGCUGUUAUGUACGACUGAAGCGUUUAGAUAAUAAACCUAAGCCUGAUUUUUAUGCUAAACUUAAAAAAGAAAAGAAAAAGGAAAUCUGCAGACACUGUGGCCCUUUACAGAAGGCGUCAAAAUAAAAAUAAAUUGCUUGAGAAAUUAAUUGUUAUUGGUUCUACAAAUGUUAUGGCUUGUAACAAUGUUGGAUGAACUGAUGGUCAACAAGUAAAUGGAAUAAAUACUAAUGAAAGUCAGUUCAGUAAUGGUUGUUAUCUAAAUAAUGAAUACUCGUUUAUAGAACUUUUAUGCGAAAAAAAUAUUCCAAAGAAUUAUUAUUUUUGUGGUAUGAGGGACCAUAGUCUCCACUAGUAGCAAAUCAGGCAAGAAUUUAUUACUAAAUGGAAUAUGUUUGGUAAAUACAAGCUAUAAACGUAAACUGGGCUUAACAAUUAAGGAGAACUACGGGAAACAGUGCAAGGAUGUGACUACUACUGUAAGUAGUGUCUCUAUACACCACAUUAACAUCGUCACAAGUCCAAAUAAGCAACCUUAAAAU